AAUUGCUGCUCUUGGACUUGUAAUCGCGUUCGUUGCGACUGUUGUUGCCGAACCUGAAGCUGAUGAGUACAAACGUGAUGAGUACAAGCGUGACGCCAAACCUUACUACUACUACGAGCGUGAUGAGUACAAGCGUGACGCCAAACCUUACUACUACUACGAGCGUGAUGAGUACAAGCGUGACGCCAAGCCUUACUACUACUACGAGC